ACUUUGAAAUCGCUUUCGAUGCUGCUUAUGAUACAGUCUAGAUUGACAAAAUUAUUUGAAUGUGGAAGAUCUGAAGCAAAAAUGAAGGAAGCUACAGUCAUUUGGGCCAAGUUAUUUCUUUUACUCAUAAUUUUAGCUAAACCUCUCGGUCUUAACGGUCACAUCAGAUGUAAGCACCUCGGAAACAAUUCAUGUUUAAGCAACACCGAAUGUUGUUCUGGUUAUUGUUAUAAAGAACCCGGUUGGGGAAUGGGAGUGUGUAAAAGACCAAAAUUUUCCGAAUAUGAUGGUUCAGAUACCGAUAACGUUUGGGAAAAAGGCAUUUGUGCGUAUUACAAAGGAGACGAAAUAACUGCAAACGGUGACGUAUACGACGAAUACGAGUUGACUGCCGCUCACCGGACGUUGCCGUUCAACACGAAGGUCAACGUGGAGAUCAUGGGUGCCAGUGUCGUGGUCAGGAUCAACGACCGCCAGAAUACAUCGAGCAAAAAUUUGUUGGACAUGUCUUUCGCGGCGGCCGAGGGUGUAGACAUUACGAAAAAAGGCCCGGUACCGUGUCAAAUAACAGUUAUGAACGAUGUAGGAUGCACUCCAAAUUUGGCAGAAACGUGUCAGAUGGACCACGAAUGUUGUUCAAAUUACUGUUUCAAACAAAUGUUCGCUACAGCAGGGUUUUGCAUAUCGAAAUAAUCCGGUCUAUGAUUAGCCGGUGGAAAUGAAAUAGAACAGUGUUAUAAUGCAUGACUUACUGGUUCAAUUUCCACAUUUGGAUAAUUCUAUACCAUCGUAAUAAUUAUAAUAUAGAUAGUAGAUAACAUAAUAUUUGUUUUAGGAAUAAUUGAUAGAUAUAUACUUGUUCGAAAAUCAUCAUAAAAAAUAUAUAAUGUAA